AUGUUCAACGCCCUAAAUCGUUUCAUCUCCCGGCUCGAUGGCGAUGCGCCUGCGAGCCAGCACAGUCGAGCAGGCGACUACGGAUUCCAGGUCCUGCGCAAUACAAACCUCGAACUGGCGAUCGAGCCUUGGUACGAUUUCGUAGUUGGCAUCAACGGACGGCCCCUCGAUAAUCCGAGCCCACACCUUUUCUCCCAGGAGGUGCGGAACUGCGCAGGCGGAACCGUUACCCUUGGGCUUUGGAACGCCAAGGGCCAAAGAACACGAGAGCUGCACAUUCCCGUCCCUCACGACACUGCAUCCCUCGGCCUCUCCCUCCAGUGGACGCCCCUCUCCGUCGCCGCCAAUAUAUGGCACGUUCUCGACGUCGCGGGGAACUCACCCGCAGACCAGGCCGGUCUCCUACCCUACAGCGACUACAUCCUCGGCAGCCCCGAAGGCAUACUACACGGUGAGAGCGGCCUCAGCGAACUAGUCGAAGACCACAUCGCCAGGCCGCUGCGCCUAUACGUAUACAACAACGAAUACGACGUCACGAGAGAAGUCACGAUUCAACCCAGCAGGGAUUGGGGUGGUGAGGGCGCGCUGGGAUGUGUUCUCGGAUACGGGGCCCUACACAGGUUACCGGCGCCGCUAAGCGAGCCUGUUUCGGCACCUGGGGAGACCAUGUUCGACGGCGAUAAGGCGUCAGGUGGUGAUGGGCUCUUCGUUCCCGCCAUAGCUUCUGCUGCUGCUGCUGCUGCUCCUCCCCUCGGACCUCCACCCACGGGCGGCAACUUCCUUGUUCCAGCGGAUAUUACUAGCGCCCCGCCCUCUGGUGCCCCACCGAGGGGCAAGAAGAAGGAGAGGCAUCAUCGUGACCCGACCAAGUUAAUGGAUGAUUAUCUCAGGGAGGAGGAGCAGAAGAGCAGGGAGUUGGAUCGGCCAAGUGGUCGAUCAACACCGCUUGCUAGUCUUCCUCCGCCUCCAAAAGGGGGGCCCCCGCGGGCAGAUGCGAAACGAGAGUCUGCCAGUCCGGAGCCAGGAAACGCAUCUUAG